AUGGAAAACUACCGGCGCACCGAGCUGCUCGGCCAAGGAACGUACGGCAAAGUGUACAAGGCGCAUCACCUCCAAACAGGGCGCGUGGUGGCACUGAAGAAGACGAUUCUCUCCAGCGACGACGAGGGCGUGCCAGCCACAACGCUGCGCGAGGUGUCCAUCCUGCGCUCCCUGGACUCUCCCUAUGUGGUCAAGCUCGAGGAGGUGGUGCACACGGAGUCGCGCACGGGGACGCCCAUCCUGUUCCUCGUGUUCGAGUUCCUGGACCACGACCUGAAGCAGUUCAUGACGUCCAAGUACGGCAAGGGCGCCGGCAUCGAGCCGGCGCUCGCCAAGGAGUUCUGCUUCCAGAUCCUGCUCGGGCUGCGCUACUGCCACGCCUCCUCCAUCAUGCACCGCGACCUCAAGCCGCAGAACCUGCUGAUCGACGCGCAGACGUGCACGAUCAAGCUGGCGGAUUUCGGUCUCGGGCGCGUGUACUCGUUCCCAGUGGGCAAGUACACGCACGAGGUGGUGACGCUGUGGUACCGCGCGCCGGAGAUCCUCCUCGGCACCAAGCAGUACUCGACGGGCGUGGACAUGUGGUCGGUCGGGUGCAUCCUCGCAGAGAUGAUCGUCGGACGCCCCCUCUUCACCGGCGAGUCGGAGAUCGAGCAGCUGCUCUCCAUCUUCCGCCUCCUCGGCACCCCCACCGCAGACACGUGGCACGGCGUCGGAGAGCUCCGCGACUGGCACGAGUACCCCAACUGGAGGGCGCAGGACCUCGUGACCGCCGUGCCCGCCCUCGCCGCGCUCGGCAAGGACGGGCUGGAGCUGUUCGCUAGCAUGGUGCAGCUCGCGCCGAAGAAGCGCAUCUCCGCGCUCGACGCGCUCAAUAGCCCCUACUUUGAUGACAUUCGGCACAAGUACGCCGCAGGGGGGGAGAGGGCGCACGGCGCCGCGGAUGAUAAGGAGAAUGAGGCGAUGCGGAACGGGUUGUAG